GUCCUUAAACAGCUACCUCCCAAAAAUGAUAUCGUUGAAUUAUGUGCCAUGUCGGAGAAACAGGAACAGCUCUACUAUGAUCUCUUUAACAAGCUUAAGAAGACUAUUAACGGUAGUGAGAAAAACUCUGAUACAGGAAAUGUCAUGAUGCAACUUAGAAAAAUGGCUAACCACCCUCUGUUGCACCGUCAGUAUUACACAACUGACAAGCUCAGGACAAUGUCCAAGCUUAUGCUCAAGGAACCCACCCAUAGAGAUGCUGACCAUGACCUUAUCUUUGAGGAUAUGACAGUAAUGUCAGAUUUUGAGCUGCAUUUGCUUUCUAAGCAAUAUUAUCACAUCAAUGACUUCCAGUUAGACAUGGAUCAGAUCUUGGAUUCUGGAAAGUUUAGAGCACUGGAACGCAUUCUCUCUGACCUUAAAGAAAAGGGUGACAGAGUUGUAUUGUUUAGCCAGUUUACUAUGAUGCUGGAUAUCUUGGAAGUUGUCCUAAGGCAUUGGAACCAUAGAUACAUUAGGUUGGAUGGAAAAACACAGAUUUCUGAUCGGAUAAAUCUAAUAGAUGAGUUCAAUACCGAUAUGGAUAUAUUUGUAUUCCUCCUGUCGACCAAAGCUGGUGGCUUGGGCAUUAACCUGACCUCAGCAAAUGUUGUUAUUCUUCAUGACAUUGAUUGCAACCCCUACAAUGAUAAGCAAGCAGAAGACCGAUGCCAUAGAGUAGGUCAGACAAG